AUCUUCUCUAAUAAUUAAUACUCUAUACUCUCACGACCUUCGCUACUAGAUCUAUCGAUCUCUAAUACCACUCGCCUAUCAAAAUCUCCGAGUCACAGCGAACAAGCAACGCCUUAUUCACGAACUUCGAUAUGCCUUCCACGACCAUCAUGAAGCAGGGCCUCGCCACUGCUGUUCUUGCAGCUCUUCCAUUGGCCGCCCGUGCCCAAGGCACCACACCUCCCAAGCUCACCGCGGCUUGUAACGAUGUCGCUCUCUUUAUGGCCCGCGGUAACGACGCGCCUUACAGCGAUGGCCGUACCUCGGGUUUCAGAGAUACCGUCUGCGCAAAAUUCGAGGCCCAAGGCAACUCUUGCGACUACAUGGAUAUCGUCUUCGAUGCCACUCUCGGCGUGGAGUUCUGCCCUACCAUCCAGGAAGGUGCCGUCAACGGCAUCAGACAAAUCACCGAGUACAACGCCCAGUGCCCGGAUACCUUGAUCGUUAUUAACGGUUACUCGCAAGGUGCUAUGGUCUCCGGAGCUGUUCUGAGUGGCGGAGGCGCCGACGCCUGCGACGUUGACUCCAAGACUACCGGUCUCGACGUUAACUCGCAAGCUGGUCAGGCUGUCAAGGCAGCCCUUCUCUGGGGCGAUGUCAAGCACACUGCAAACCAAGUCUACAACGUCCUCGACGGAGCAGACAAGCAAGCUUCGGGCCGUACUGGCGCUAACCUUGAGCGUCUUAACACCUACUCCUCCGUCUUGAGGUCGUACUGUGCCGGCGGUGACCCAGUCUGUGCUGGUGGAAAUGAUGUAGCUCAGCAUCUGAACUACUUCGAGCUCUAUACCGAGGAGGCGUCAAACUGGAUUGUGAGCAAGCUGACACCUCUUCUGGUCAAGCCCUCAUCGGCUGCACCUGUCAGCUCGGCUACUCCUACCCCUACUCCUGAGGCCUCUUCAACUGUCGCACCAGUUGAGACCUCAAGCACAGUCGUGGCACCAGCCUCCUCUGAGGCCUUGACUGUCAGCAAGGAAGCUGUUACCACCACCAUGAUGAAGCCCUCUACUAUGAUCUCUUCAUACAUCCCUGCCACCACCGCAUACCCCAUCACCCUCCCUCACAAGCACCUCAACUCUACUGUCCCGUACGGCAACUCUACCAUGCACUCUUCCAGCACUCUCAUGACCUCGGAGAAGCCCUACGAGACUACCUACCUGCCUGUUGAGCCGUCUCACGCACCUGUGGAGGAGUCGCAUGCUCCCGCUCCCGCUCCCGCUCCCGUUACCACCAUGGCACCAGAGUACUCCGCUCCUGCUGCUGCUUGCCCACCAGCCACCGUCUACGAGACUGUCACCGAAGUCACGUACAUGUACGUAUGAAAUUUUUCAGUCUAGGAGAAGUAGUUUGAGAGAAGGAUUACAAUAGACUUGUUAGAUCGGAUGUACAUAAUACCCU